CUGUUACGACCUCGUGGUCUCCAUCUCAGGAGUUUAAGGAUUUUUUAGAGAAAAAUUUUCGAAGGAAACUAUCCUUUGAUCACAUUUGUGAUAUUUUGGAGGAACAAGCUAUUCCUCAGGUAGAUUUCCUCGUUGCUCCUACUCUAGAUCCACCAAUGUUGUCUCAUGUUUCAUAUCAAAAUAAAAAGUUUGUGCAGGAGCGAGAUAAAGAGCUCGCUGUUGUUCAACGUGCUAUGUUGAACAUCACAGGCCCAUUAUGCACAUUACAUGACCGUUUAGAAAACAACCUUCCUGUUAGCCCUACUGAGCUCCAGUUGCUUGUUGAACAAUCCCUUUGUUUAGUUGGUUCGGCUAACUCACAAUUAUCGGUACUCCGCCGCAAGAAGGUACUUGCAUCCAUUAACUAA